ACAAUUCGCAGUCUCCAUGGGAAGGGCAGUUACUUUUCUCGCUCCUCCUCCAGCCAUGACAGUUUCAGCUGAACCCAUUGAGAGUGGGAGGAGCGCCCAGACGUUGGGCUGGAGCGAGCGCUUUAAUGAGUUUAGCCGCAGGCAGUCGCUGCUAUUCGAGGAUUGAGGCUGCGGCAGAUCAGUCGCUCGGGGCUGUGUCUGUGGUACAAGGGCUGCGCUGUCCGAGGUGCUGAAGUGUCAGUCCGACCAUAUCGCAGGCGGAUCGUACACGGACACCUGGAAUCGCUCCCUCCAACAUGCAACAAAGAGAAGCAGCAGCCGACAGACUAAAACCGCCUUAUUAUUUUCUCAUCUGUCGCACUGGGUGACUUUUGGCUGCAGUUCUCAGUCUUCAGAAGAAAUGACCAAAGGCAGGAGGUAAACUGAGAAAUCCAGGGAAGAAGCCUCAGAACCUGCAACUGCAACGUUUACUGGGAGUCAUUUGAGCUAUGGGAGGGCUACGUAGGAUAAUUUAAAGUGAGAUUCUCUGCACUGGGAUUACUCACCCCUGGACAGGACCAUAAAAACCUUCAGUCGGGUUUAAAAGAACUGAGCAUGUUAACUGCAGCGCUGUUUAAUUGCAUUAAGGUGUUUUCCAAGAAUCCACUGCGAGCGAUCACGAGGAGAUACCACCUGGGUGCACAUAAAGAAGAUUAAUGCAGCCGGGCUCAUGCAUGCAUGCGAUACAACUGCUGUGCAGUAAGAAGCCAGACUCAUGCCAUUCUGCUAAUUCAAAGGGAAACAAUCAAUGACAAGAAAGAGCCAGGCUUUAGAUACCGGAGAAGCUCCAGCAGGCAGGUUUGCUUAUAUCUCUAUGGCAAUAUCUUUCAUGGAAUGUGAAUAUGCCCGUGUUACAGUUUUCAUACCAAAAAUGAGGAGUGGAAUGGAAGGAGAAGCUCCGCUUUGAAGCAAGUUGGCAGAAGAAAGUGCAUGGCAUUCCGGCCGUGCCAUCCUUAUGAAUUGUGAUCCGAUGCCUUUCUAUCCAAUGAGGCGUUGGUUGCUCUCAGCCUUCCCCGUGGUGCUGAAAUUUGGAUGAUGUCUGGAAGGAGAACUAAAACUUGCUGCUGCUUGCUGCCACUGAACGAAGACAACGGGCGUUUUUUACUCCUUGCUAUUUUCAUUAUUCUCUAUCUCAUUGCUGGGGCCACUGUGUUUUCCACCAUAGAGAGACCCUCGGAAGCUCUGGCCCAUAAUCGCUGGAAUACAAUACUGAGGAACUUUAGCCAUUCCUUUAACAUCAGCAUCCUCGAGCUUCGCUCCUUCUUGAAAGACUAUGAAACAGCAAUGGCUGCAGGGAUCAGGGCGGACACCCUAAGACCCAGGUGGGACUUCACCGGAGCAUUUUACUUUGUCGGGACGGUCGUAUCAACUAUUGGCUUUGGAAUGACCACACCAGCGACUAUUACCGGGAAAGUGUUCCUCAUCUUUUAUGGCCUCUUUGGAUGUGCUGGAACCAUAUUGUUCUUCAACCUGUUUUUGGAGCGUAUAAUAUCUCUUCUUGCUUUUGUUAUGAAAGCUUGUCAUGAAAGGCAACUGCGACGAAGCGGACUUCUACCUCCUACUGUCCGAAGGGGAUCGGCCGUCUCGGAGGUGGACAGCCUUGUUGGUUGGAAGCCUUCAGUCUAUCACGUCAUGCUCAUCUUGACUAUAUUUGCUAUUACUCUUUCUUGCUGUGCAUCAGCCAUGUAUACUCCUGUGGAAGGAUGGAACUACAUCGACUCCUUGUACUACUGUUUUGUGACAUUUAGCACAAUUGGCUUUGGAGAUUUGGUAAGCAGCCAAAAUGCAGUGUAUCAAUAUCAGGGAUUAUACAGGUUUGGAAAUUUUAUGUUUAUACUCUUGGGAGUUUGUUGCAUUUACUCUCUUUUUAACGUCAUAUCGAUUGUAAUCAAACAAGUUUUAAACUGGCUAUUAAAAAAGUUUAGGUGCAGAUGCUGUAAUAAGUGCCAUAAAUCCAACACCCGCCUGGGGCGACGCAACGCCAUCACGCCUGGAGCUCGAUUCCGCAGGAAAGUGGAGACAGACGGAAACUAUGACAGUGACACGGAGGGCAGGAGACUUUCUGGAGAGAUGAUCUCCAUGCGGGACCUCACGGCAUCAAAUAAAGUUUCUCUCGCCAUACUGCAGAAGCAGUUAUCUGAAACAGCCAAUGGCUACCCUAGGACUGUGUGCAUCAACACCAGACAAAAUGGCUUCUCAGGAGGGGUCGGAGCCCUAGCCAUCAUGAACAAUAGGUUGGCAGAAACAAGUGAUUCUAGGUACUCAAGCAGCAAGACCCCAUGCUUUGGACACCCCACCACCCGAAACUGAAUGCAAUUUUUUUCUUUUGUCACUUUGAUUUGCUCACACUAAUGAUGUCACAAUAAAAAAACCAAACCUCUGGCGACGAGGGCGGAAGAGAAGAACAGGAGCGGUUAAUUCUUCAGGUUCUCCGGACACGGUUGGCAUGUGAAAGCACAAACUACACUCGUUUGCUUUUUAAUACCAAUGUGAUGCUGCUUUUUCUAUUUUAUUUUCUACGUACUUGGAGCAAAAGAGGGUGCGUCUGUAAACUACAACUGUUCCUAUUUUUUCCUAAGUGCAUCUUAUUUAUGGUUAUUUGAGAAGAAAAAUGUAAAUAUACAGAAAAUGUCACUGAUUUGAAGUCCUACUGUAUGUAGUGUCCAGUUCACAAAGUGCUUGACGGAAUGAAUAUGCAACUAUGGGAAUGCAACCCCUCCCCCCUGCCCCUAAAAUGAAACCAAUGGCUAUUAUUUUAUGCAUGAUUACAACAUAUUGCUGUAAAAGUGCUCUUUUCGAUUAAAAAAAAAAACAACAAAAAAGCAUAAAUGAGAUUUGUUAACCAAUAGUCUGUUGU